AUGAUUCAGAAGGUCAAGGGACCGGGUUGGUGAGUUUUUAAUUAUGGUGGAUUUGGAAGAAAAUGACCUUUUUGAAAACGUAUUUUAGUAGAAAAUGGUGAUUUUUGUAUAGGGUGGGGGUGAAUUAAAAAAAUUAAAAUUUUGAGAAAAAAAGCCACAGGGGGGACCAAGCUAAAUUUUUUUGAAUUUUUUUUGUGAGAGGAAGGAAAGAACGGGUAAGAAAUAGGCCUAACACAUAUUUUAGUACAGCCUCAGACUCAAGGCCUAACUCUUGAGCCCGGCCAGUUUUCACUUUUGCUCAAGACCGGUCCCUUUCUCACUUCUAGAGGGAAGGAUAGGGGUGGAGACGACAGGUGAAAAAUAUUUUGAAAAAGAGCAGUUAAGACUGGUGCAAUUAGUACCGAAAAAGGAUUCCACGUUUAGUUUUUAAACUAUUUUUUACAAUAAAAUCUUGGCCAAAGAAAUCAUUUUCGAAUUAUAUUAUUCAGGACUGAACGAAAAUUUGGCCACCACGACCAGCUCUCCACGUCCACCGAAAACUUGGCGCCCGUGACUCAGCCCGCAAUUCCGGAAUCCACUGAAUUUGGGACAGAACCACAACAAACAUACCGCAGCCUGGUCGACAAUCAAGGCUACAGGUCGUUGUUGCCUGGACUGGACGAGCAACGAAGGAUCGAGGUGGAGAGGGUUCAGAGGGCUGAAUUGGAGGACAAGUUUAGGUAAGACAUUGAUUUUGGAGGUUUGGAGGGCAUGGUGAAAAGAGUAAGGCAAAAUGUAGGGUAGGGUAAAGUAAGAUACAGUAAAGUAGGGUCUUUUAAUACUAUGGCGUAACAUAAAAUAUUAUUUUAGAGACUGGAAUCUCCAAUCUUCCACAUUCCCAGCCGAAUCCACCACCUCUACUUCCACCAUCCAACUUCAGACUUUCAAUAUGAGCAAACCUAAACCUACGCCAUUACCUCGAGUCGAACGAUCUUCCCCAUCUACAGCUAGGGAUUCACCUCAAAACUAUAGAACUCAAGAUGUUAAUGUAGCUGAAAACUACUAUAGAGAAGACGGUAUGACACAAAGUUACACAGAAAACGGUCAAGAAGCUACACAAGGCUACAGAGAGCACAGAGAUGGUGCUCAGGGUAAAAUGAAAAACGUCAUUAAUCAACUACGAGACGUCGUAUCGCCUAAUGGCGUUAACAAUAUCAGAGGAACGUCAAGACCUCGAGAUAGUUCCAGCGAUCCAGAUUCAUCGUCACAGAACGAAAGAGAACGCUCACAGAACGAUAGAGAACGCUCACAGAACGACAGCAAACGUUCUGUAGCUUUCACUCUUCCAGAACGAUCUUCACCAUACAAUAAAAGCCAUGAUUCUUCUUACAGUAGCCAUGAAGCAUCUUCACCGUACAACAAUGCUCCAGAACGUUCUUUACACAACGUUCCAUCGUCCAGAGAACAUUCAUCGCCCUUGCUACACAACUUUAAGGAAUCAUCACGGUUUUCCACGACUUUUGGCAAGAAGCCUGCUUCUGUAACUGACUUCAGUUCAUCUUCAGCUAGUGAGUAUAGUCAACAUUCAUCCACAGCUACUACAACAUUGCCCGCUCACGGCUAUGAUCGAGAUAACUCUAGGUAUGGUGAUAACACUGACUAUAGUCAUCGUGGAGACUCUGCUUACGGUACAAGGUUACCUUCGGAUUACUUGACCAAUUACACACAGGAUUCUGAAGCAUAUUCCACAAGAGAUACUGUAAUGUCAUCAGGAAUUUCAUCACAUAACUCUACAUUACUAUCCAACCACAAUGAUCGUUUACAAUCAACUUAUGAUGACAGAAUACUCUCCCAUCACCAUGAACGGCUACUGUCUCAGGAAAUGACUUCAGAUUCCGCCAAUGGCUCCGUGACGGAUUCCUUCGCUUCGUCGUUGAAUCAUUCCUUAGAUCAGCCGCCUCCAUUGCCACCGUCUUCUAAUAAGCCUAUGCUUCAAGUUCACCCUCUACCCAUUCCAAGAUCAAGACCUCAGCCUCCGCCAAUCCCUGAGAAGCCAAAGAAUCUACAGUUGAUUAACAAGCUCAGCAACAGUAGCGUGUCUUCCGAAGUUGAUAGGAAUACAAGCUUUUCUGAAACUGAUAAGGCUUACAUAGAAAAUGAUAAGAAGUCAAAUAGCUUUGAAACCGACCAAAAUUCGACUCAAAACUCAAUUUUAAACUCGACAACGACAUCAAUGACAAGUUCAACUCAAGGCACCUUAGACCCAGAAGGCAAUACCUACAGCCUUGACAGUGAGUCCCUAAACAAGCUCGAAAAAGUGAGAGUCGAACGUCUAAAGACCUUGUACAAGCUAGUCUCCGGCCGACUGGACGAUCUCCAGAACGUUCAACAAGAAAAGUCCAAGAACACCGAGUUCUUCCAACAAAUCCUCAACAUUGCCCAAGAGCGGAAUGUACCAACAGCACCAUUCGUCAGAUUCAUAAAACGCUUCGAAACCGUCUACGAAGUCCAGACGCGGCUCAUGAUAAACAAACAGAAUCUGGAGGCCAAGAUUGCUGACGCGCACGAUGAAGAAUUCAUCAAACCAUUGGUGGAACGGAACGAUCAGAACCUGAGAGACAUGGAGAAGUUGGUGGAUGAACUUGACCUCACCUUCCAGGGUUUGGAUGCUCAAUUGUGUCAGAUUCUAGAUGCUGAAGAGCAUGGCAUCUGGGUGUUCUUUGUGAAAACAUUGUACACCUUGAUUGCUGAAGAGUCGAAUAUCCAGAGCAAGGUCAGGUUGGUCUAUGAGCAGAUCAGGAAGUUGGAGAAUUUUUCGGUAAGCUGGGUUUUUAAAACUUUUUUUAAUUUGGAAAUUACUCACAAAUAGAUUUUGCCAUAGCCAACUUAAUGCUAGUACUGGCGUGUUUGUACCUUAAAAUACCCUACACUACCUACCCUACCCUUCCCUACCCUACCCUACUCUACCCUACCCUACCCUACCCUACCCUACCCUACCCUACCCUACCCUACCCUACCCCUACCCUACCCUACCCUACCCUACCCUACCCUACCCUACCCUACCCUACCCUACCCCUACCCUACCCCUACCCUACCCUACCCUACCCUACCCUACCCUACCCCUACCCUACCCUACCCUACACUACCAUACCAUACCCUACCCUACCCUACCCUACCCUACCCCUACCCUACCCUACCCUACCCUACCCUACCCUACCCUACCCUACCCUACCUUACCCUACCCUACCCUACCCUACCCUACCCUACCCUACACUACCAUACCAUACCCUACCCUACCCUACCCUACCCUACCUUACCCUACCCUACACUUCCUUACCCUAUCUUACUCUGCCCUAUCCUACCCUAGUCUUACCUUACUUUGUUAUACUGUACCGUUAGUCAAGCCUUUCCCUUUCUUCUACUGUAUUACGUAAAAUCAGAAAACAUUUUUCAACGUAAUGCGGUAAAACUCCUGUACAUAUAACGAACUCAUAUACAACCAAGAUUUAAAAUUUGACGUUUUUAGUUUAACCAGAUCAUCAAGACCAGACUCACGGCCCAACUAUCUCAGUCCACUCAAACAAAACACCAGCCCGGUUUGAAUAUCAGCCAAUUGUUAAACGGUUCGUCGGAGAUUUCCACGUAG